GCAUUACUAGGCAUUUCAUCCUGCGGGUUGCAGUCUUUGCUCUUCAGACUGUUGCUGGGUUGAAAUGCUUCUGCGGGACCGAUUCUGAGGUUGUGCAGAUAUUUCUCAAGGGCCUACUCAUUUGAGGAUAUCAGCGGCAUUUUGCAAGAUCAUCUGAGGAACAGGAAAGCAUCUGAAAUCAACUGAAAAGGAUAACUGUAGCGGUUUUUACCAGGGAAGGAAACUGUCUUGGCACAGAGGCAGAUGAUUGAAUAAAGUAGUUGGCUCAGAGAAGAUGCACAGUCUGCUGUUUUUCCUCUGAAUGAAGACCGUUUAAUGGAAGCUGUAUUCGUGUAGAGAUGAAAGGAAAUACUAGCGUGAUAAACUACUUUCUUCCCUUCUCUUUUUAAAAUGAAAACUCAGAAGCAGUAAUUGGAGCUCAAAGGUCUUCUGAUUCUUUUCCUGUCUGCUUGUUGUGUUAGGAUUCUCCACUGACACCAUUUCUGCCUGGUGCCUGUUUCUUUUUGCUGGGCAGGCAGAAACAACUGCCUGAUGGAGAAAGAAUGAAAGCUCUGCUUGCCUAUGUUACUGAUGGGAUAAAGCUAUCUAUGUUUCGGCUGUUAUAUGCGAAGUCUGGAUUCAUCAGUUUGUGUUCUCGUACCAGUAGUCCUGUUGUCUCCUGUGAUCUGACUCAUCACGUGUAAAUGUGCUGCAGCUUUGCUGUUAAUGCAGAGUGGUGGCUGUUUGUUUUUUUCUUUCCUGAACACAGGAAGAAUUGUCAACCCUUCAACUUUGAGGAUUUAUGCUAAAUUCUGUAUCUUUUUGUUUGUUUCCUGGAUAAUAUCUGUAUUAAGUCAGUGAAGCUGAAAAAAAUGAAGACAAAGUAGAAGUGGGAGCAGAAUAGUGAGAUUCUGUUUUUUAUUUUCAGCUACAAGCCGCCCAGCCUACUGGUAACUAUAUGACCUUGCAGACAAGAGUGGGGAUAUCCGUGGCCACCUCUAUCAUAGCAGUUGUUUCUAAUUUCAUUUUUUAUGCUGUGGUGGCGUGUCACCCAAAACAAUGAUUGUUUUGUACAAGUAAAUUUCAGAGCUCAAUGUAACUACUUUGGUGGCAGAAAAAUAUUUUUUAAAAGAAUUAGUCCUUGACGGAGUUUUAAUUAUUGACACAUUGAUGUGAAACUUUUUAUAGAUUGCAAUAACCUGGCAGAAAGAAAUAGGUUUUUAUUUUAGGAAGUUAUGUAUCAUAAUUUUAAACUUGAGUUUCUCUAAUAUUACCAACUAUAAAACCAGCUGCACUGUUCAGAGAAUGUUCAUAAGUGGUAUACUGAAGAGGAGGAAAAACUGCUUGUGCUCGUCCCACUGUGACUUCUAUCACAUAGCGUGGAGUUGAAUGUUUUAAAAGAGCGAAUGAGUCGAGUGUGUAUUGUUGUUUUGGAGGAGGUAGAAGAUGAUUCUCCUGUAUUCAUUUCUAAGUUGCCCCAGGAAAGUAAAUCUCUACAUUCUCCACCCUCUGGAAAUGUAUUGCCAUCACUGGUGCAAGCUAUAUUUAAUGGUGAUCCAGAUGAAGUUCGAGCACUAAUAUUUAAGAAAGAAGAUGUUAACUUUCAGGAUAAUGAGAAGAGAACUCCUUUACAUGCUGCUGCCUAUCUUGGAGAUGCAGAAAUCAUUGAACUGCUUAUUUUAUCUGGAGCUAGAGUUAAUGCCAAAGACAGCAAAUGGUUGACACCUUUACACAGAGCAGUUGCAUCUUGUAGUGAGGAAGCAGUUCAGAUACUUUUGAAGCAUUCUGCCGAUGUUAAUGCUCGAGACAAAAAUUGGCAGACCCCUUUACAUAUAGCUGCUGCUAAUAAAGCUGUAAAGUGCGCUGAGUCUUUGGUACCUCUUCUGAGUAAUGUGAAUGUAUCGGAUCGAGCAGGGAGAACUGCAUUACAUCAUGCAGCUUUCAGUGGGCAUGGCGAGAUGGUCAAACUACUCCUGUCCAGAGGUGCCAAUAUUAAUGCUUUUGACAAGAAAGAUAGACGUGCCAUCCAUUGGGCAGCAUAUAUGGGUCACAUCGAAGUAGUGAAAUUACUUGUGUCUCAUGGAGCUGAAGUGACGUGCAAGGAUAAGAAGUCUUACACACCUCUUCAUGCAGCAGCCUCUAGUGGAAUGAUCAGUGUAGUCAAGUACCUUCUAGAUCUUGGAGUUGAUAUGAAUGAACCAAAUGCCUAUGGAAACACACCUCUUCAUGUGGCCUGUUACAAUGGACAAGACGUUGUUGUGAACGAGCUCAUAGACUGUGGUGCUAAUGUGAAUCAGAAGAAUGAAAAAGGAUUCACUCCUUUGCACUUUGCUGCUGCAUCCACACAUGGAGCACUGUGUUUAGAACUCCUGGUUAGCAAUGGGGCCGACGUUAAUAUGAAGAGUAAAGAUGGGAAAACCCCACUACACAUGACUGCUCUCCACGGUAGAUUCUCCAGAUCACAAACCAUUAUCCAGAGUGGAGCUGUAAUUGACUGUGAAGAUAAGAAUGGAAACACCCCUUUGCAUAUAGCAGCCCGGUAUGGCCAUGAGCUGCUAAUCAACACUCUUAUUACAAGUGGUGCUGACACUGCAAAGCGUGGUAUACAUGGAAUGUUCCCACUCCAUUUGGCAGCCUUAAGUGGUUUUUCAGACUGCUGCAGGAAACUUCUUUCUUCAGGAUUUGACAUAGAUACCCCAGAUGAUUUUGGCAGGACCUGUCUGCAUGCAGCUGCAGCUGGAGGAAAUUUGGAGUGCCUAAACCUUCUGCUGAAUACUGGUGCAGACUUCAACAAAAAGGAUAAAUUUGGGAGAUCUCCACUGCACUAUGCUGCCGCCAACUGCAAUUACCAGUGCCUGUUUGCUCUUGUGGGGUCAGGAGCAAGCGUGAAUGACCUUGAUGAAAGAGGCUGCACACCCCUGCACUAUGCAGCUACGUCAGACACAGACGGCAAGUGCCUGGAAUACUUACUAAGAAAUGAUGCAAAUCCUGGGAUCCGGGACAAGCAAGGAUACAAUGCAGUUCAUUACUCAGCUGCAUAUGGCCACCGUCUGUGUCUUCAACUGAUUGCAAGUGAAACUCCUUUGGAUGUUUUGAUGGAAACCUCGGGAACAGACAUGCUGAGUGAUUCAGAUAAUAGAGCAACAAUAAGCCCUUUACAUUUGGCUGCCUAUCAUGGUCAUCACCAAGCCCUGGAAGUGUUGGUACAAUCUUUGUUAGAUCUUGAUGUAAGAAAUAGUAGUGGGAGAACACCCUUAGAUCUUGCGGCAUUUAAGGGCCAUGUGGAAUGUGUGGAUGUACUCAUUAAUCAGGGAGCUUCAAUCCUCGUAAAAGAUUAUGUUUUGAAGAGAACACCUAUCCAUGCAGCAGCAACAAAUGGUCAUUCGGAAUGCUUACGGUUAUUAAUAGGAAAUGCAGAACCACAGAAUGCUGUAGAUAUUCAAGAUGGAAAUGGACAGACACCUCUUAUGCUGUCUGUUCUCAAUGGACACACGGACUGUGUAUACUCACUACUGAACAAAGGAGCAAACGUAGAUGCCAAAGAUAAGUGGGGAAGGACAGCAUUGCAUAGAGGGGCAGUUACAGGCCAUGAAGAAUGUGUAGAUGCAUUACUUCAACAUGGUGCUAAGUGCUUACUAAGGGACAGCAGGGGUCGGACACCUAUACACUUGUCAGCUGCCUGUGGACACAUUGGAGUUCUUGGAGCCCUUUUGCAGUCAGCAGCAUCCGUAGAUGCAAAUCCAGCCAUAGUAGACAAUCAUGGGUAUACAGCACUUCACUGGGCUUGCUACAAUGGUCAUGAGACAUGUGUGGAACUGCUUUUAGAACAGGAUGUUUUCCAGAAAAUAGAUGGAAAUGCUUUCAGUCCAUUGCAUUGUGCUGUGAUCAAUGACAAUGAAGGUGCUGCUGAGAUGCUUAUUGAUACCUUAGGAGCCAGCAUUGUGAAUGCCACAGAUUCAAAGGGAAGGACUCCUCUCCAUGCCGCUGCCUUCACAGACCACGUAGAGUGUUUACAGCUGCUGCUUAGCCAUAAUGCUCAAGUCAAUUCCGUGGACUCUACUGGAAAAACACCCCUCAUGAUGGCUGCAGAAAAUGGACAAACUAAUACAGUUGAGAUGCUGGUUAGCAGUGCUAGUGCAGAUCUGACUUUACAAGAUAAGAGUAAAAACACCGCCCUUCACUUGGCUUGCGGCAAGGGUCAUGAAACUAGUGCCUUGUUAAUACUGGAAAAGAUAACAGAUAGAAACCUCAUCAAUGCAACGAAUGCAGCCUUGCAAACGCCUCUGCAUGUUGCUGCCCGAAAUGGGCUAACAAUGGUUGUUCAAGAGCUUCUGGGGAAAGGAGCAAGUGUACUUGCCGUGGAUGAAAAUGGCUAUACUCCAGCUUUGGCCUGUGCUCCCAAUAAGGAUGUGGCUGACUGCCUGGCUCUCAUUUUGGCCACCAUGAUGCCUGUCUCCUCAAGUAGCCCAUUGUCAUCCCUGACAUUCAAUGCCAUUAACCGUUAUACAAACACCUCAAAAACAGUUAGCUUUGAAGCCUUGCCUAUCAUGAGGAAUGAACCUAGCUCCUAUUGCAGUUUCAACAACAUUGGUGGGGAGCAAGAGUAUUUGUACACUGACGUGGAUGAGCUCAACGACUCUGACUCUGAGACCUACUGAA